UGGCCCGGACCGCAGACGGCGGCGAGGUACCUUGUUUUUCUGACAAGAAUGGAGCACGUCGGAAUGAAAGGAAGCUCUCUGUGCAGACUGCUGUGUGUGGAACCUCUGAAGCCAAUAAAAUAGUGUUGGAUUCUAUAGGGGCACCUCUAGAUCAAGCUAUGGUGGAAGAUGUUUCGGAAAGGCAAAAAGCGACACAGCAGUAGCAGCUCCCAAAGCAGUGAAAUCAGUACUAAGAGCAAGUCUGUAGACUCCAGCCUUGGAGGGCUUUCGCGGUCCAGCACCGUGGCAAGCCUCGAUACCGACUCCACCAAGAGCUCAGGACAGAGCAACAGUAAUUCCGAUACGUGUGCAGAAUUUCGAAUAAAAUAUGUUGGCGCCAUUGAGAAACUGAAACUCUCUGAGGGGAAAAGUCUCGAAGGGCCGCUAGACCUGAUAAAUUACAUAGAUGUCGCCCAGCAAGAUGGAAAGUUGCCUUUCGUUCCUCUGGAGGAAGAAUUUAUUAUGGGAGUUUCCAAGUAUGGCAUAAAAGUAUCCACAUCAGAUCAGUAUGAUGUUUUGCAUCCGCACGCUCUGUAUUUAAUCAUCCGGAUGGUGUGUUAUGACGACGGCCUGGGGGCAGGGAAAAGCUUGCUGGCUCUGAAGACCACAGAUGCGAGCAACGAAGAGUACAGCCUGUGGGUUUACCAGUGCAACAGCCUGGAACAAGCACAAGCGAUCUGCAAAGUUUUAUCCACUGCUUUUGACUCUGUAUUGAUAUCUGAGAAAGCCUGAACUCUGCAGUCAGGGGGAAGGAGGCUUCAUGUGCAAGUGCAGCUGUUUUCUCAGUAGUUCUGUUUUCAGUCUGCGGUGUUGAACUACUAUGGAAAUAUGAGAGAUCCUUUGCUCUAGAUUCUCUGAAGAAAAUGCAACGUGUAAAAUGUCAAUCAUUUGUUUUUCUAUUAAAAUGUGUCUUAUU